UCUUUUACAUUGAGAUAUUAAAAGUUUUUCUUGCUUUGUUUUUCUAUCUAGUUACAUUGAUCACCAGAAAUAAGGAUGAACACAAGCAGAAUUUUCAACCUUUUCUCAUUCUUUCUAGUAGGGAACGUUGUGUUAGAAAAGAACCUUACUUGGAGCCAUCCGCCAGCAAUGGUAUCCUAAAGCAUCUAAUCUAUAAUUUAAAGCCACAGAGUUGGUUGAAUUUAAUGGUUAACGAACCAAAAUUGUUAAGAAAUUGUAAUUGUGGGUUGCUCCUCCAUGGUUGCACUGUGAGAACUUUGAACUGUGGCAGUAUAAUCUGGUUUUGGAAAAAAAAAUUCCUCAUUAAAGAAAUCGAGCUGAAAGUGUGGUGUGAGUUAUUUGUUAGGAUGCAUGUUAAAUCUUGUUUUGUGCUUGAUACCCGUAUUGUUUAGUUGAGUAGAGAGGGAAAAUGAAGCUGAAUAAUGUAAAAAAAAAAACACAAAUGCUGGAUUGAUGAAUUUGGAAAUUUUUGAAGUUCUGGAGUUUCCUGAAAUGGUUGUUUGUUGUGAUGAUCAGACUAUAAAUUAUGUUCCAAGUAGGAAUGCUGAUGCCAUCUAUAAGGUGUUUGUGGCUGAUGCUGAAACAGGACUAGGUGCCGUUGAGGCAAUGAAUCCUAUGUGAAAACUGGAAACCACUAUUUUCUAUAGAGCUUAGACAUAUAAAUUUCCAGUGACUGGAGCCAUGAUGGCGUCAACCUUUUUCUUGUGACAUUGAUAGAAUAGUGCUAGAAACUUCGCCAAUAUCGGAAAUGAUUUUGAUGGGGUUAACAUAUUUGAUUAGAGGUGUGACUUGGUUGCAAAGCAGCUAGAUUCUCAGGGUUUGGUAUGAACCAAGAAUCUCUACUAACAAAAGAGCUUAAUCUUCCAUUUGGAUGCCAUCCUGGCUGCAUCAGCCUGAACGGAGCUUUUGAUUUGACUCUGGAAAAAAUUGAGCACACAUUUUCUAUGACAAAAUUGGGUUUAAUUGUCUGGGUAGAAGAGUUUGGAUGAAUUAAGCAGGCUUUUCUCUGUGGGUCUCCCAUCUGUGAGAAUAGUGGCUUGAAGUGGAUCUUCUCUUCAGAGGUGGUUCUUUUCCUUUGAGUUUCUUGCAUUCAAGUGUCUUUAUAGAGAGGUAUCUCUCUUCUCAACUGAGUGAUUCUCUAACCUGGGUUUUGAACACCCAACAAUUAACUUAUUUGCUUUUGGUGAAUGUUUUUAAAUGAAGUUUGUCCCCCCACCCCCCCACCAAAUUGGAAUUUAUUCUAUGCAAUUAAAGGCUAACAAACUUAUUAUACUAUUAAUGGAAUCUAGUGAUGCCUCAUUUGGUUAGCUGAAUGUGAUCUGUGGACUGAUUCUUGAUGGCAGCGUAGGAUGCUGAAGCCUAUAAUAAUGGUUAGGCACAUGGCUAAUAUAUAGGCACAUGGCUAAUAUAUUAUACUUGGAGCUUUGGAAGCCAAUAUUAGUAUAUUUUGCCGCAUUUUAAUCCCAAGUUAGGUACAUUAUGCAUCAAGUAAGCAGGCCUAUUCUAAGGGCAACAUUGUUGGCCCAAAGUGAUAAACUUGAGUUUGAUGAGCAAUUUUUACCCAUUUAUGCUCGUAAGCCUAGGAGCUUAGUUGACUGCCUAGUUAUACCACACCUAGGCUGGUAUCACUUAGACACCCUGAGGUUACCUGGUCUCUUAAGCCACUCCUAGGUGUUGUCUCGAGCCGUUGAUGAUUAGUAUGGCUGUGUUACCUAGAAACUUCUUGUGCCCUUACAAAGUACCUGUUCAGGCUGUCAGCUUGAGACAGGAUGGAUAUGGAUAUGUGACUGAUAGUUCGACCCUCAGCUCUAUAACUUGAAUGGGGAUAUUGAUUUUCUGAGAAAAAAAAAAAACAGUAUUUUGCAUACAAGCUCUUAUGAUCAAGUUUGUAUCAUUCAUCUCAUGUUCUCAACCAUAGUUGUCAAGGCAUCACCUAGCGUCCAGGCACCCUUUUCUGAAAGGGGGCCUUGGUCGCCUAGAUGACACCUUGACUCCUUAUUGGUGUUGCCUUGAUUUUUUCUGGUGUAGGACUAGAAUCACAAGUGAUCCUAAUCCCAUGUAGGAUCUGAAAAUUAUGGAUGAAAAGGGAGAAAUAUGAAAUCUCACAAACCGUAGCUCAAAUGGAGUUGAAAUUUGGAGUAGAUGAAGGUCCUAUAUGGGCCAACAAGCUCUCAAAGGAUGAGACAAUUCCGAUGGUUGAAUUGAAGUUAUGCUGUUGACAUGAGUUAUGGAAACUUUUGACAAUUUUUGAUAUCUUGAGAUUUCAACGUCCAAUGAACCUCAAAUUUGGAGUGAAGGUCCAUCGAUGCCCAACUAUUAUUCAAAAGAUGAGCCUCAACUGAUGGCUGAUUGGGAGGUUAUGCUUGAAGAAUGAAAAAGGAAACUUUAUGGAGUUCUGUAAUAACAGCAGCUACAGUCCUUUAAUGGCCUUGAAAAACUGGUCAUUUGAUGGAGCUUCUGAAUUUCAACAAGUUUGCUUUGAUCACUCAAACAGUCGCUCACGACAAACAAAUAAAAGGAAAAUAAGAAAAGAAAGAGAAUCAAUGUAGGGUUUGAGAAGGGGGAGAAGAGUUAGUGAAUGAGCAUCUCAAUUAACUGCAUCCCACAGCACAACAGCAUAAGCCAUUUUUUUUUUUUUUGGUUGAACUCAAAUCUAUCUUUUCAUUAUGAUCAAUGGGCUUUAAAUGGUCUUACAAAACUUGGACAUAAAAGGAAAAAUGGACUGAAAGUAAAACUUUCUAAUUUGUAUCUAACUUGCUAACCAAGCUUAACCAAAUAAUAAACUAACAACUGAACUCAAAAGGAAACUAGCCUAAGUUACAAAAUAAGAAACUAACUUAGAAAAGUAAAACUGGAAAUAAGAUUCCUAACUUAACUCCUAGCUCGCUAACUAAGUAAGAACAAGUUAGAAACUAACAUAAGACAAUAAAGGACCAUUCUAGAAUAUUAAAACUGACUUUGGGUAUUUUUUAACCCAAAAAAGAAACAAAAAGGGACCAAUUACUGUUCACGUGAACAGUAAAUUCUGGUUUUUGGUUGGCUUGAUGGGCCAACAUUGGGGCUGGCUGGUCUGGUUUAUGGAACCAACAGCUCCCUUCUUUUGCAGGCUUGAUCUACAUCAUUUUCCCUCCAAACGCCUAGGAUCGCCUAGAUUCUGUGACAACUAUGUUCUCAACAUAUUUAUGAUUUUUGGAUUUAUAAUUUUAUACCUAUAUGAAAAUUAAUCAACUUGUUUUUAUAUAUUUUAAGACUAAUUGCUCAAGAUACCUCUGACAACCAGUAGGAACAUCUUGAUAUUUGAACAUGGCAUAAUCAAAUAGGAAAACAUAUCAGUCAGUAAAAUAUGUUGGUAUCAUGUGUUCCUUUCCUGCUACUUGCUGAUGAAGGGAGAAAUUAGACAGUGGUAGCAUGUCUGUGGGCCUGCAGUGUCUUCCUCAACUGGAUUUUCACUCCUACUGGGAACUCGUACCAGCAAAACAUGGCUGCUUGAAAGAGUUUUGGUUAGCAACAAGAUCUUGAAGUAGGCUGGCUGGCUCACUUGAGAAGUUUUCCAUAGGUGCUGAAGAUCCUGUUAUGCUACAAGUUCAUGAAAUGGCUAUGGUUUCAGCUAUCGAAGAAGCACAAAAGGAUAAUCUUAGAAGCUUCAAUGAUUACAUGAUGCAAGUUUUGGAGGAUGAUUGGAAAAAGGAAAAGCGGGAUUUCCUGCAAAGUUUGAGCCAGCUUUCAACAUUACCAAGGAGCAGCAGCAGUGCUUUAAGUACUGGGGUUACUCGUCCUGGACAGAUGGUGUCCAUUGCAUCUAGUCCUCAGGUUUCUACUGGUCGAUCGAAUAUGGAGAUUCUGCCUCUAGCUAAUAAGCCUGUCCUCGAGAAAAAGGCCUCAAUCUAUGCUGAUGUUACGAGAGAUUUGAAUGAUGCAAGAGUGCAUGGCUUGCCAUUUAAACCUGCUGCAGCUUUUAAGGGUGCUUAUGAAAGUCUGGCCCUAGAAGCUUCUGGUGGAAAAUCAGUUAGCAUGCAGAAGAUAUGGCACCUGAUUCAGUCAUUGAUAGGUGAGGAUUCAGUUAUUCAGCUGAAGGUUUCAAGAAAAAUGUCGUUAGUAGUUGGUGCAAGAAGGCACUUGGAAUGGGGGCAUGAGAAGUAUGUCAUGGACACGAUCCAAAGUCACCCUGGACAGGCUGCUCUUGGUGGUGUUGUUGGAAACUUGCAACAAAUUCGUGCAUUUCUCAGGAUACGUUUAAGGGACUACGGAGUUCUAGAUUUUGAUGCCAGUGAUGCUCGUAGGCAGCCUCCAGUUGAUACAACUUGGCAGCAGAUCUAUUUUUGCUUGCGAACUGGCUACUAUGAUGAAGCAAGAAAUGUUGCUCUAUCUUCUCGCGUUUCACCCCAAUUUGCUCCUCAGCUUGCAGAAUGGAUUACAACUGGAGGUGUGGUGUCAGCUGAAACUGCAGCUGCUGCUUCAGAAGAGUGCGAGAAAAUGUUGAGAAUCGGAGAUCGAGCGGGUCGAGCUGGGUAUGACAAGAAAAAGUUGCUACUUUAUGCUAUUGUUUCUGGUUCUCGCAGACAUAUCGACAGGUUGCUGAGAGACAUGCCCAUGCUUUUCAAUACAAUCGAAGAUUUUUUGUGGUUCAAAUUGGCAGCUGUACGAGACUGUCAUGGUGUAGCUUCUUCUGUUGUCCUAAAUGAGGGCUUUGUACCAUACACUUUAGAAGAUCUACAGAUGUACCUAAAUAAAUUUGAGCCAUCACAUUACACGAAGAAUGGAAAAGACCCUUUGGUGUACCCAUAUGUAUUGCUUUUGAGCAUCCAGUUGCUACCAGCAAUCCUUUACUUAUCCAAAGACACAGGAAAUGAAGGAUUCAACAUUGAUGCUGUCCACAUUUCUAUUGUGCUAGCAGACUAUGGGGUCCUUUCUGAAUGUGUCGGGCCUGGCCAGAAGCUGGGUGUAAUGGAUGCUUUUGCAGAAGUAGCUAGCAUUAUUAGGCAGUAUGGAUCUGCGUACUUGCAUCUGGGUAAUCUUUCGACGGCAUUGGAAUAUUAUGCACAAGCAGCUGCAGCAAUGGGUGGUGGACAUUUAUCAUGGAUUGGUGGAGGCAACAUUGAUCAGCAAAGGCAAAGAAAUUUGAUGCUAAAACAACUCCUUACCGAACUGUUGUUAAGGGAUGGUGGGAUCUACCUUUUACUUGGUUCAAGAGGUUUUGGGGAAGAGGGUGAACUGAGAAGAUUCUUGACCGAUAGGAAAGCACAACAACAAUUUCUGCUUGAAGCUGCUCGCCAUUGUCAGGAAGCUGGGCUUCAUGACAAAUCAAUAGAAAUUCAAAAGAGAGUUGGGGCAUUUUCACUGGCGUUGGAGACAGUUAAUAAGUGCCUCUCAGAAGCACUCUGUGCUCUAUCACGUGGUAGAUUGGAUGGUGACAGCCGAACUGCUGGUCUCAUUCACUCUGGCAAUGAGAUACUAGAGAUGUACAAAUAUUCUUCAGAAAUCAGCCUUCAAGAAAGGGAGCAUGUUUUGGAACAACAAACGGUGUUAACACAGCUCGAGGCAAUCUUGUUUAUCCAUAAGCUGGCAAGGGAAGGCAAUCACCUGGAUGCUCUUAGAGAGGUCAUGAAGCUCUCCUUCCUCCCUUUAGAUCCACGAGCACCUGAUGUCACAGCUGAUGUGUUCCAGAAUUUAUCUUCCCAUAUCCAGACUUGUGUGCCAGAUCUCCUAAAGGUUGCUCUUAGUUGUUUGGACAAUUUGAAAGAUACUGAUGGAUCACUUCGUGCCUUGCGGACUAAGAUAGCAAAUUUUGUGGCGAACAAUUUGACACGUAAUUGGCCGCGUGAUUUGUAUGAAAAGGUUGCCCAGAGCCUCUGAAGCAAGUUUAUGUUGGCAGUUGGGGGUAUUCCACAAAUCUAUUGUGCAGCCUAAUAUUGAGCUAUCAAACCAAAUAUAGCCAUUGGUAUACAUGUAAAGAUGAUGUAAAAAAAAUAGUUGCUUGUCAGCGCAUGGACCUUUCGUUUUGUCU